AUUUGAUAAUAUAUAUAUUUUUGUUUAAGUAACCUUUUGCCUAUUUUAGAAGAAAAAGUCUAACUAUUGACUGUUAACCCGUCUGUUCAAACACAAAAGAGCUGGAAAGUUGCCCCUUUACCACCUCUGCAGGAAAACAGAUGUCACCUGCUCCUCACCUGUGCGUGUUGUGGUAACGGCUCAGAUCUUCUGGAAUCUGAAAGGCAUUAUGGGAGAUUUUGGGGCGGGAGUGAUGCGCUGAGUAGAGUCAGCCAAGUGUUAAAGCCUCAUCUAAUGGCACACAGCCAUUGGCCGAGGGCACAGCUUUAGCGAGGAUUUGCUUUGCAUUAACCCUGAGAGGAAACACGCAGCCAGCUGGAGCACAAAAGCAGGAGUAAACAAAGACGAAGAAGAAGAAGCUUCCAUCAUCUUUGCUCCAAACACCAGCACAUGUGAGGUGGAGGUGGGGCGUUGACGUCCUCAAAGAAACUGAGGUGUAGAGACGGCAGGACGCAGCGGAAUGGGGCACCCUAGGGUGCCACUCUCCCACAAACCUGCAGGAACGCACAGGGAUAAGAGCGUGUCCAGUCGACUGCAGCCCUGCACGCCCAACGAUAACUUGAACAAUGCACUGGGUACUAUCCGAGUUCUUGGGAUCGAGCUGAUUGAGGAUGAACUUAAACCCCACCUGAACACCGUGCUGACAAACAUUAAAGAAAGGAAGAAGGGCGCCGCUGAGCAGGUUGUCAUCAGUGGGAUUUUGCCAAUCUUGGCCCUGUCUCUGCGGAGCAGAGGACCGCUGACGUUAUUGACUGCACAGCUGGUGGCUGAACUUGCCAAAGAAUCUGUGGUCCGUAAAGGAUUUGGAGACGCCGGCUUGGUGACGGCUCUGCUGUCAGUGUUGACCAGCAAAAAUGAGGAGCUGCUCAUCUACGCUGUAACGGCCAUCUCUCGCAUGUCUUAUGACAGCUCUAAGCAGCAGGAGCUGUUACUUCGCAGAGGGGCGGUACCUCGCCUCGUGGCCAUCCUGCUCAGAUAUACAGACAAGGAGGUUCUGGAGGAGGUAUGCCUCAAGGCGCUUUGUAAUGUCAGCGGCAUGGGAAUGGCCGAGGAGGCCGGGAUGACCUGGGAGAGGGGGCCGUCCCUGAGGCCGGGGGAGUCGGUGUUUCACGGCGUUUCUCCUCACACCUGCGGCUUUGCCUUCUCUGUGAUUCUGGUUCGCGUCUCCCAGUGGGGACCUGGUCAGUUUUUGGUCAGCAUAGAGAACUUUCAGCGCUGCUCCUCAUCCUUCUGGAACCUUCACGGGAACAAACGGGCCACAGGCUGGUUCCCCUUCUUCAGCGUGGGAAGCUGCUCUAAUUUCUUUAAGCUGAUGAAGUUCUCUACCAGGAACAUUCCUCGAACGAAGAGCCUGAAGACUCGCGUGUUCCAUACCUUCCUCUGACAGCUCGAAAACUCUUCACACGGUGGCCUGAAGCUCCAACAAAGCUUUUUCUGUGAAAAACUGUAUAAUAUGUUUAGUGGGCUAGCUCUUCUUAGCAGCAUAAAUUGAUUGCAGCAUCUUUUUUUUAUCCAAACUAAUUUAUAUAUAUAUAUGUAGAUUUAUAAAUGUACAAUUUUUUUUUCUAGGAUUCAAACCAACUAAUUUAAACAAAAACUGAAUAUUACUUAUAAAAUGUGUCAGAAAUAUGAAAACGGAGAACUUUCCCUAAAACAGUAAUGAUGUGUAGUUCCCUCUUCAAAUGGAAUGGCACUCACUGUAAAGUCUGAUUGCUUUAAGCGCAUUAAUGGAACUACACAUAAAACUAACAUUAUUCAAGAAAAAAAGGCAUUUUAUUUACAGAAUGACACAUGAUGCUCUUUAUUUUUACUGUGCCAUUGUUUUUUUUCAAGGCAAUCCAACCAUAAAUAGUACAUUAAUGUAAAAAUGUUCAAGACAUGAAGAUGCCCAUGAUGCUGCUUUCUUCACAAGUGCUUAGAAUGAUGAAAAAUAUUUGUUAGCAGGAGUCAAAUGUGAACAUUUCUUAGAUUAGUUAGUGUGAUGAAACAUUUUUAACUGUCACUGUUUCUGGAAGUUCUGCCAUUUAAAAUAUAAGAGGA